CAAAUCGAAUUGAGCCGCAAACUGUGAAGGCAAAUCAUACAGAAAACUUAACAAAAGUCAAAUUUUUGUGUGUAGUGUAAAGUUCAAUAACCAUUUGGCAUUGACCCAAUUUAAUAGUAAACAGUGAGAUUUCAAAGAAAUGCUAUAAGUGAAUAUAUGUAUGUAGAUAUUCACCCAUAGGAAGUGUCACGUUGAAAAGAAUCAUUGACUUGCAUAGUGAACAUUAAUAAUUUCAACAAUAAAAUAAAAAUUAAUCAGUUGUGCAUUUAUCACCAUGACAACUGCAACUAGUUACAUGCCUAGGACAAUGACUGUCGGCAUGGCCAUCAGUGCUUCUGAGUCGGCUGCCAUCGCUUCAGGAGUCCCCACCAUGUUGUCGGAUAUUGAAAGUCUGCCCUCUAUUCAAUUGGGCGAUUUCACACUACAAUUUGAACUCGGCGAAGCCACUGCCCCAACAAAGGAAGUUGCGGUGCGAGAGUUACGUGAAUCUCCCGAAAGACAAAAAGAGGCAACUAAGGAGCUAAAGCGCCUAUUGGAGGCUGAAACUGAUCUCUACUGUCCCAAGGACAAUGAGGAAUGGCUAAUUCGUUUCCUACGGCCUUGCAAGUAUUAUCCUGAAAGUGCCCGCGACUUGAUCAAGCGGUACUACUCGUUCAAAGUGAAGCACUCGGACGUUUAUAAGGAUCUGAAGCCCACACGGGAAGCAAACAUCUUCAAAAACAACAUCCUCACAGUGUUUCCCAAUAGGGAUCAGUGCGGACGCCGUAUUCUUCUUCUUGAACUGGGCAAACGCUGGAAGCACAAGCAGGUGACACUAGAUGAGGUCUUCAAGGGCGCUGUCAUUUUCCUCGAGGCUGCCAUGCUUGAGCCAGAGACACAGAUCAAUGGCGCCGUUGUCAUCUUCGAUAUGGAUGGCCUCAGCUUGCAGCAGACUUGGCAGUUUACGCCACCAUUCGCCAAGCGCAUUGUCGACUGGCUACAGGACUCCGUGCCGCUGCGCAUCAAGGCGAUUCACAUUGUAAACCAGCCAAAGAUCUUCAAUGUGGUGUUUGCCCUGUUCAAGCCGUUCCUGCGCGAGAAACUGCGCAGUCGCAUCAUCUUCCACGGUACCGAUCGCGAAUCCCUGCACAAGUACAUGUCUCCCAAAUGUCUGCCAUCCUGCUAUGGCGGCAUCCUCGAGCUGCCCCGCAUCGAUGGCGAUCAAUGGUAUCAGCUGUUGCUCAUGUGCGAUGCCGAGUACGAUGCCAUCAAUUCGUAUGGUUACAAGAAGAAGUGAGCGGGGCCUCGAGCCUAGCAAUGUGCACAGCAAGUGAUAUUCUCUCUCGUAUAGCCACAACUCGAUUAAUUAAGUCAAUCAACUGUUAUACGCUUCUCCAGCCAACGCUUGCGAUAGUCCUUAGAGCCAAGAAGAUUGCCUUAGUUUUAAGCAUAGAUUCCAAUCUGGCAGUAAGUGUUAUAACUAUCAUAAUCAACUUUAAACAUAUUUAAAUGGGGCGAUGUAUACUUAUAGCUUGUUAUAUUUUAUGCUUUUAUAAUGUACUUACUUAGAUUGUAUAUUUACACAUAUAUAAAUCUCACUUCUAAUAUUGAAACAAA